AAGGAAAGAGCAGAGAGAGAUGGGAGUCCUAUAAAACGCCGCGUUGAAAUCUUUUGGAAGGUAGGGUUUCAUCUGUCUCUCGCCCCCAAAUCGUCGGACAAGAAGGAAAGGCCCCUAUUCCUUGGAGAGGAAGGAACGGCCGCCGCUGCGCUGUUCCUUUCUCUCUGGAUGUGAAGCGUCGAUGGGGUAAGAUCUUGAGACUGUUCUUUCCUUUGAGUUGAUUAGGAUGGAGCUGUGGAUUAUGCUUUGGUACGUUGUCACUGGAUUCGGUAUCUGGCUCUUGUAAGCCUUUUGAGAUGCUGGUUCCUUCAUGACGAGCGGUGGAUUGUGGUUGGAAGCCCAGAGGCUGCGUUACUACGAUCGAAAAGUUAGAUCGAAGAAUUUCAAGCCUGAAGAUAGUCGCCAGAUAAUGUGCUCUAUUAUUUAAGAGCAUUAAUUGUAGAGCCUAUAAUGUUGAGAGCAAAGCAAAUUGGCACCCUCUCCCACUGUGCAAGGACAUUUUAUAUUAGUGGUUCAAGAUGUGGAAAUGCAGAAGGUGCUUCAUGCACUUGCUCAGAGGAUGAAACUUGUGUUCCCACAAGGCAUCCUAAUAGCACCCUCAAAGCCAACACGGCAAAUGGUGCCCCGACAAAGGCUGGAUCUCCUUGCUUACAAAAUGCAGUGGGAUCCAUUAUUCAUCAGAAGUCUCGUUGCACAGGUCCUGCCCAACAUGUUGUCUCCUCUUCAUCCUCUCUGAGAUCAGACUCAAGUCCUCCAAACAGGAACACUGACAACAUGAAUGCUGGUGUUCGGGCUUCUGGGACUGAUAUGCUCAAUUCAUCUAAGCUGACUGCUGGACGCUUCGUGAAGGCAGGUAUGGCAACUGUUAGCAUGUUCUCUGAAUUAGUGAGCCACAAGACCCCAGGGACAGAACCAGGACCUCAAAGGUGUAUGGCUGAUUCUACCCAACCAUCUUUUAACACCAUAUCUUCUAAUGACAAGUCACACAACAAACCUAAUUAUUCUAAGAGACAGCCAAGCUUGAAUCUUGUGGGAGUAUCUGAUUCAAGCUCCACUUGUCCUAGCAGCUCUGUAGAAAAGCCUUCAAUGCGUGGUAAUGUGAAAGCUAAGCAGAAUGUUACUGAAUCUUCUAUUUCAAAUAAUGGAUUACCAUCUGGUGCUAAGAAUCAAAGACAGUCUGUUCGGCAGAAGGCGAAGUAUCAUUCUAAUAGCUUCACCUCUGAUGGAAAACCUGGGGGAAGAAUCUCUGAGAGGAAAAUGACAGGUUCAACUACUGAAACUGCUGGGUCCACUAAUAGGUUCCAUAAUCCAAUUAAAUCUGCAAGGUUACACACGGGAGGUCCUCCAUCUGCUGGUAAAUUGGUGAAAUCAGGGCAUGCAAUCGAGCAGUAUUACCACACUUUGCAACGGUUAAAAUGGGGACCAACAACUGAAGAGGCCUUGGAUAAACUGCAAUAUAAACUGGAUCCAUUUCAAGCAAAUCAGGUGCUUAAAUUACUCCGCGACCACUCCAUUGCUCUUGAAUUUUUCAGAUGGUUAAAAUCACAGCCUGGGUUUAAGCAUGAUGAGCACACUUACACUACCAUGAUUGGAAUCCUUGGACAAGCAAGGCAAUUCGGAGCUAUGAGAAGACUGAUAGAAGAGAUGAUUAAGGAUGGUUGCCAGCCGACCGUGGUAACUUAUAACCGUCUGAUCCAUGCAUAUGGUCGUGCCAAUUAUUUAGACGAAGCUGUCAAAGUUUUUCGGGACAUGCAGGAAGUUGGUCGCCAGCCAGACCAUGUAACCUACUGUACUCUCAUCGACAUCCAUGCAAAAGCUGGGUACCUGGAAGUUGCAUUAGAUUUGUAUCAGAGGAUGCAAGAUGUAGGUCUCUCUCCAGACACUUUCACAUACAGUGUAAUGGUGAAUUGCCUGGGGAAAGGUGGACAUCUUGCUGCUGCAUAUAAGCUGUUUUGCGAGAUGAUAGAACAAGGUUGUGUACCUAACCUGGUCACCUACAACAUCAUGAUCGCUCUGCAGGCAAAAGCAAGGAAUUAUCCUUGUGUGGUGAAGCUUUAUAGGGACAUGCAAGUUGCUGGUUUUUGUCCUGAUAAGAUUACUUACAGCAUUGUAAUGGAGGUACUUGGUCAUGGUGGGCAUCUUAAUGAAGCAGAAGCUGUGUUUAUGGAAAUGACAAGGGAUUGGGUUCCUGAUGAACCUGUAUAUGGUCUUUUGGUGGAUUUGUGGGGUAAAGCUGGAAAUGUAGAGAAGGCUCGAGCUUGGUAUCAAGCAAUGCUCAACGCUGGCCUGCGACCUAAUGUUCCCACAUGCAAUUCUCUUUUGAGUGCAUUUCUCAAGGUACACAGGUUUGCUGAUGCCCAUGGUGUUCUCGAACAUAUGCUAGGAUUGGGAUUGGUUCCUUCUCUCCAGACAUACACUCUUCUUCUGAGCUGCUGCACCGGGUCACCCUCGGAGAUGGGGCUUUGUUGUAAGCUCAUGGCCCUCUCAGGCCACCCGGCUCAUUCUUUCCUGCUAUCUUUACCAGAUGCAGAACCAAAUGGAGGAAAUGUCAAGGCCCAUGCUAGUAGCUUCUUCGACUUGAUGCACAGUGAGGACAGGGAGAGCAAGAGGGGUCUUGUGGAUGCUGUUAUAGAUUUCCUUCAUAAAUCAGGCCUUAAGGAGGAAGCUGGACUGGUUUGGGAGGUAGCUGCAGAGAGGAACGUGUACCCAAAUUCAGUCAGGGAGAAGCGCAAGUGUUACUGGCUCAUCAACCUUCAUGUCAUGUCCGAGGGCACCGCGGUGACCGCAUUAUCCAGGACGCUCGCGUGGUUCCACAGGCAGAUGCUUGCCUCAGGCACCGGUCCUACGCGCAUCGAUAUUGUCACCGGUUGGGGCCGCCGGAGCAGGAUAACAGGUUCAUCCUUGGUUCGGCAGGCUAUCCAGGAGCUGCUACAUCUCUUCGAUUUCCCAUUCUUCACUGAGAGUGGCAACUCUGGCUGCUUUGUGGGACAUGGGGAACCACUCAGCAGGUGGCUACUUAAUUCUUAUGUGGAGCGCAUGCAUUUAUUAUAGUCAGUUUGUCAAUCUUUCAGAAAUUUUGGCAGCAGUGCGAUUUUGUUGACCAAACUUGACACUGUUAUUCCUCUACAUUGGUUUCUUCUGGUGUAAUGUUGUUUUAGGAGCUGAAAUCAAUUAAAGUUUUGCUACUAUAUGCUGCAA